AUGGCGUGCGUGCACAUCAAUAGCUUUCCAGACGAGCUUCUAGCUGCGAUCUUCUGGCCCUCCAAGCUUCUCUCCUCACGCCUUGUUGACGAUGACGCUGUAUGGGCUUCAGUGCUGCCUUCCCCAAGGUUCCUUCGCGAAAACGCAGACGAGCCAUGUUACCAGCAGAACGAUAAAGUGUUUCCAGUUCCCGACUUACCUCCAGCUUUCGCCGACGCCGCGUACAAUCUUCUCCUCGCGUCGAUCUGCCGACGCUGGCGUCGCCUAGCCCAGCGCCACGUCUCCACACUCCUAGUUAAGAAAAACUGCGCCGUUUCUUGCGAGGACCUCGACGCGGCAGUAGAAUGCUUCCCUAACCUCACGCACCUCCACCUUAGCGACGGCAGCGCGCGGCCCAUCCACAACGCGUUCCUCGCUCGCCUCGCUGCCUCGUGCCCUAAACUGACGGCAUUCCACCUCGAGAAUGAGAUCGUGCAGAAUCAGGAGUACCAGCAGCCGGGAGAGAGAUUUCUCACGCGAGCUGGCUUCGAUUUUUUCUUUCGCCAGUGCACGCGACUGGAGCAUCUGUCGCUGGGCUGCCUGCAUAGUGACUUCGGGCUACCAGGUUCGAUUUACCAGCUCGUGCGUCUCCGAUCUCUCGCGCUUGCCGAUCUGUCCGCGUUAACGGCACCACAAGUCAAGGCUUUUUCCUCUCUUGCAGCUCUCUCCAUCAACACACUCAUUUGGGAUUACCAGGACCUGCAAAAUCUGACUCAGCUCGCAAGCCUCACGUGCCUUUCCGUGCCGAGAGAAGUCUUCUUAUCUUCAAGAGCCACACCUCCUCACCCGUUCUCGUUCGCACAUCUCUCCUCGCUCAGAUCGCUGGAUCUGGGGUAUGGCUGUCCGCAGUUCGAUGUGAUGUUCCCUUCAGACUCGCCCUGCAGCCUCCUCGAGCGGCUUUCGCUCAACCAGUGCGACGACCUUGCGAAUCUCCCCGACGACAUCAGCAAUCGCCUGCCAUCUCUUCGGGAGCUGAGCAUCAGCGAUUGUUUUAUGAAACAUCCCAAGCAGGUCACCUCCUUGAGCUGCCUGCGCAGCUUGAUCCUCUCCGGCUGCAGCUUCGUUGGCCUUCCUGACAGCCUCGGAGAGAUGCCCGCUCUGAAAACGCUCGUGCUGGACAAGCUCAGCCUCAACUUCCCUGCCUCGUGCAGCCGGCUGCAAUCCCUAGAGACGCUGGUGGUCUCAGAAUGCACGUCUUGUGACGAGUUGCGAGGCCCGCUCAAGUUUCCCACCUCACUCAAGACCCUGUGCCUCGCCGGCUCUCCCUUCCUGGUUCUUCCUGAUAACAUUGGAGAACUUAUCAACCUAGAGACCCUCUUUCUGAAUAUGUAUCGCACACGCCAUCAGCUGCCAUCCUCGUUCGUCCAACUGGCAUCGCUCACAAGGCUGGAGCUUCAGCAGUGCGAGCUGGCGGAGCUGCCAGAGGCCAUGGGGGAGCUGAGACGCCUGCGGGAGCUCUACCUCUUCUCGUGCUGGCGGAUCCAGAAACUCCCGGAGUCCCUGUCCCACCUCUGCAAGUUACAGCUCUCCAAGAGCCGCAUCCAAUCUCUUCCCUCUAACUUUGUGCGGCUGACCCGGAUGCAGGACCUCGACUUGCGGGACUGCAAGCAGCUGGAGGCUCUGCCAGAUGAUUUGGGAGAGCUGAAACUACUGGGUAGUCUGAAUACUGAUGGGUGUGACAAGUUGCAUGGAGAUUAA